AUGAAAGAACCCCGGCCUCAUACCAGAGAGCGUCCUGCCCCCUGGACACGAGCCCACCUUCUGUCCCGAGGGCGGGGGGCUGGCCCCAUGGGGGCAAACUCAGCUCCCUUCCCAAGAGGCGCUGGCCCCAUGGGGGCAAACUCAGCUCCCUUUCCAAGUGGGGCUGGGCCUGGGCUCAUGGGGGCAAACUCAGCUCCCUUCCCUAGAGCAUCCGGACUCCUGGGCAUAAGCCCAGCUCCCAUCCCAAGAGGGGUUGAACUCCAAAACAUGAGCCAGGCUCUCCUGCCAAGGCCUGGUGGCCUCUUGGGUACAACUCCAGCCAUUGUGCCCGGUGGGGCCAUGUCCUUGGGCCAGAACUGUGCUCCGAGCACAAGGGGGACCCGACCACCAGACACAAGUCAAGCUCCCUUCCCCAGGGCAGGUGGCCUCUUGGGCAUUAGCCCGACUCCCAUCCCAAGGGGCACUGGAGGCCUGGGCCCAAACCCAGCUAUCUUCCCCAGGGCAGGUGGGCUCCUGGGUGCUAGCCCAGCUCCCCUACCAAGGGCAGGUGGCCUCCUGGGCCCAAGCCCAGUUCACACCCCAAGGACAGGUGGCCUCCUUGGCACUAACCCAACUUCCACCCCCAGGAGCACUGGCACUGUGUGCCAGAACCCAGCUACUCUUCCAAGAGCAGGUGGGCUCCUGGGCCCCAACCCCGCUCCCAUCCCUAAAGCAGGUGGCCUCCUAGGCACUAGUCCGGCUCCCAUCUCAAGGGGCACCGGAGCCCUGGGCCCCAGGCCAGGUCCCGUCCCGACAGCGACCGGAGCCCUGGGCCCCAGGCCAGGUCCCGUCCCGACAGCGACCGGAGCCCUGGGCCCCAGGCCAGGUCCCGUCCCAACAGCGACCGGAGCCCUGGGCCCCAGGCCAGGUCCCGUCCCAACAGCGACUGGAGCCCUGGGCCCCAGGCCAGGUUCCGUUCCUAGGGCAGGUGGCCUCCUGGGCUCCAGCCCAGCUCCCAUUACAAGGACAGGUGGCCUCCUGGGCCCUAGUCCGGCUCCCAUCCCAAGGGGCACUGGAGCCCUGGGCCCAAGCCCAGCUUCAGUCCCCAGGCCAGGUGGUAUUCUGGGUCCGAAUCCAGCUCCCAUCUCAGUGGGAACUGGGAGCCUGGGCCCAAGCCCAGCUCCCAUUGUGAGGGCAGGUGGCCUCCUAGGCCCGAGCCCGGCCCCCAUGCCGAGGGGGACUGGAGCCCUGGGCCCGAGCCCGGCCCCCAUGCCGAGGGGGACUGGAGCCCUGGGCCCGGGCCUGGCUCCCAUGCCAAGGGGGACUGGAGCCCUGGGCCCGGGCCUGGCUCCCAUGCCAAGGGGGACUGGAGCCCUGGGCCUGGCUCCCAUGCCGAGGGGGACUGGCCUCUUCACCACUAGACCAGCUGACCCCCUAUCUAUGAAUCCAUUCCCCUUUCCAAGGGAAGGAGGACCCUCAAGUGCAACCCCAGCUACCAUUGCAGGGGGUGGCUCACCCUUGGGCAUGAACCUGGCUCCCAGCCCAAGGGCUGGUGGCCUCCUAGGCAUGAGCCCAGCUCCAGUUCCAAGAACUGGCUCCCUGGGCAUGAACACAGCUCCCAUCACACAGGGGCCUGUCAUGCUGGAUGCUAGACCUACUGGUCCCCUGGGUCAAUCUCCCUUCCCCAGGGCAGCUGGUCCCCAGAGUGUGAACCGGACUCCCUUCCCCAGGGUGGGUGAGCCCCAGAGCAUGAACCCAGUCCCCUUCUCCAAAGCAGCUGCCCCCCUAGGGCCAAACCCAAUUCUCUGCCCCAGGCCAGCUGGCCCCCUGGGGCCAAACCCAACUCCCUGCCCCAGGCCAGCUGGCCCCAUGGCUGCGAACCCAGCUGUCCUCUUUCCUAAUGGGACUUUGCCAUCUCCCAUUAACAACACAGCCAGGCUGCGGUGGUGCUGAUUCUCUCCUGACCCCCUACCCUGGGCUCUCAGAGAGAAGAUCAAGAGUGCAGCCAUACUCCUGCCACCUGCCUUGCCAACAAAUUGGGGCCUAGCACAGUCUCAGCUUUUCCUAGAGCCUUGCUGGGUUCCGGACUCCAAGGGUUUGGAGGCCAGCGGCCUCUCGUCCUCCUCAAUGUGGUGGAGCACUGUGUUUCUGUGACGCACUCCUCAGAGAAUGCAGAUCUCAGGCCCAGCGACUCCAGCCCUACCACCUUGCCUGCACAGCAGGGAAUCCAGGCGCCCCCAUCUCCUCGGUCUGGCACUAGUGCUCAGAACUGAAACAAUGAGUGUAACCCCGACCACCCAGCUGCUGGUGGAGACAGCAGGUGGCAUCACCUUUCCUGCUCAGCCAAGAGCCAACUGACUUUUUGUGCUGGUUUUGUGUUCCUUCUUCCUGCCCCUUGAAUAAAAGUGACAGGAGGGUCA